UUUUAUCUAAUAUAUACGAAAACAUAGUGCUAAAUUGUAACAUAGGGCGGCAUAUUCAGGUUCACCUAUUCGUUCGAUAAAGUAUUAACCACGCGCCGCCCAAGGUUUAAGCACGCGCCGCCCAACAUGGGCCGAACCGGCGACGGCGGUGAUUCGAAGAAAAGGAGAAGUAGUCAACAUGAUGAUAUUGGUCAACACCGUAGCAAAAAAAAGAAGCAAAGAUUAACAACUGAGACUGAAACUUCAACCCUAACCCUAAAUCAUAGUAGUUCCACUUGUUAUACUCAUCAUACAUAUGCAAAUUCGUACAAAGAAAAACGGCAUAAAGGAAAAACAAAGAGGGCAAUUGUUGUUGCAGAUGAUAAGCGCAAAUGGGUUUACUCUACUCACAUUGUUUCCCCAUAUCAAGAUAGAGUUGUUUUUAUGUCGUAUAAUGUACUAGGGGUAAAAAAUGCAGCAGCACAUGAGGACCUGUAUCUUAAUGUCUCUCCAAAAUAUUUGGAUUGGGACUACCGGAAGAAGCUCAUAUGCAAAGAAAUUAGGAAGUAUAAUCCGGGUAUAAUGUGUUUCCAGGAGGUUGACCGUUUUGAUGAUUUAGAGUAUCUCCUCCAGAAAGAGGGCUUCAAAGGGGUUUAUCAGGCUCGUACAGGUGAUGCAUGUGAUGGGUGUGCAAUAUUUUGGAACAGCAAACUAUUUGACAUUCUGCAUGAGGAGAGCAUAGAAUUUCAGAAGUUUGAUCUACGCAAUAAUGUUUGCCAACUUUGUGUUUUCAAGAUGAAUGUGAAAAGCUCAAGUAAGGAUAUGAGUGCUUCAAAUUCGGAGAGUUUAUCCUCGCAAAGCUUUGUUGUUGGCAAUAUUCAUGUCCUCUACAACCCCAAUCGUGGAGACAUUAAGUUGGGACAGGUUAGACUCUUUCUUGAGAGUGCUCAAAGGCUAUCAGAAGAAUGGGGUGAUAUACCAGUCGUGCUUGCUGGAGAUCUAAAUAGUAUGCCCCAGAGUGCAAUGUAUCAGUUUUUGACUAAAAAUAAGUUGGACAUCCAAAUGCAUGACCGAAAGCAAAUCUCUGGCCAAAUCUAUCCAUUGCGCAAUAGAAGCUUCAACUCGAGAUUGAGCUAUAGAUGGAGUGAUGAGGAGCUAAUGCUUGCUACCGGAACAGGAGGUAGUCACCUGAUACAUCAGUUACAGCUGCGCAGUGCCUAUGCUGGAGUUCCUGGAAGCUCUAGAACCAGGGAAAAUUCUGGAGAACCCUUGGCGACAUCAUAUCAUUCUAAGUUUAUGGGAACUGUUGACUAUAUAUGGCACACAACAGAGCUUGUUCCUGUAAGAGUUCUUGAUACCUUACCUAUUGAUAUUUUAAGGAGAACAAGAGGGCUUCCUAGUAAGAGAUGGGGAAGUGAUCAUCUUUCUCUAGUGUGUGAACUGGCUUUUGCUGAUGAAGAGAGUGAGACUUGACUAUUCCUUCCUAUCAAGUUAAAGUUUGAGAUGCAUUGCCGGAGGGCCAUCAUGCAUAUUAUGCUCCAAUGGUGCUUGAGCUUAAGAAAACUGCUUCAUGUAUCCAUUAGUGAUAUGCUUUUCAGCUCAGGUGCAUAGAAGAUCUCGCGCAAACAGAAGGAACAGAAGUACAAGGAGGAACAUGGGGAAGUAGGACGAAAGGAGGAGCAGAAACCUGCGAACUCAUAGCGCAAUCUUUAGAUUCAUCUAAUUUUAUUGUUUCUGAAUAGAUUAUUUCAUACAAUGGCAGGGUUAUGAGAGUGGAAGGAAGCCACUUUUAUUUAGUACUCGUAAUACAUUACAGGAAAGAAAAUAACCAUGUCAUUUACUUUCAGUUUUCGGGGAGAAGCAAUGGACGCGGUUAGUCAAAGCAUUGGAGACUCGAGUCUUCAUUUUAGUUAGUGUUAAUAAAUAAUAUGGUUUAUUUCCUAUUUGAA